AUGUCAAGAUGGAACCUGGAUAGGAAAAAAUUUACAUACAGUGGCGAUUAUAAAAUGGUUUAUCAAGUAAUGGGUCUCGCCGGUGUUGCAUCUGCACACCAAUGUAACUGGUGUAAAUACCAGAAAAUGACACUUGCGAAUAUUGGACCAUCCGAGAAGAAAAAUGAUGAUGAAGAUGACAAUGAUUACACGAUAAAGAGACAGCCGUCGAAAAAGCGUACAAGAAAACUAAACGGAAAAUCGAAAGUUGCAUCACCUCAAAUUACUCGUGAAAAUGUAUUUAAAAUGUGGUCGGCAUUCGAUGUCUUAAAAGGUGCUAGAACGCUGGGCGAACAUUAUGAACAAGUAGACGCUCACAAACCACAGUUUGGAUACAAAGAAAAACCACUGUUUCACAAUUUUUUCGCGUAA